UCGAUGGGUAAGAACAGCAAGAACUAUUACAAACGGAAAGGCCUUGGGGUCAGCAGCCAUCACCAACAGAGCAAGGGAACAGAUGAAGAACCCAGCGGAUGGCGAUAUGAUUCUCGUGGUGACAAGGCUACGUUCCAGAGCGAUGCAUUCGAUGAGUAUUACAAUACUCAAGGUCUACUGCCCCCCGAGGAGUGGAAAAAGACGCUCGAGUGUCUGCGUACCCCCCUCCCCACCAGUUUUCGUGUGAUGGACCUGGGGGUGUCCUCUGGCAUCGUUAAAGAGCAAGCGAAAAAAUUUCAAGAGGAGAUAUCAAAAAUUCACCCCGGAGAGUUUGAAGAGCUACCAUUUGUCGAGGACGGUUAUCAGGUGAAUCUACCUCGUCCAGUUCUGCGCGCUCCCCUAUCUGGCUUGAAAUCCUUUCAUGAGUUUCUGGUCAACCAAGGGCAGGCCGGUGUGCUCAUGCGACAGGAAACGGUUUCGAUGUUACCAGCACUUGCUCUGAAGGGAGAGUUGAAGCAAGAUUCUCUCAUACUUGAUAUCUGUUCGGCGCCAGGAAGUAAGACGAGUCAGUUGUUGGAAAUGCUCAAUGAGUGUCCGAGGCCUGAUGUCAGUAAACCUCCAGAAGGUAUGGUAGUGGCGAACGAGUUGGUAGUAAAAAGGGCGCAUCUCCUCAUUCAUCGGCUGAGGCAUCAUAACUCGCCCAACCUGCUCGUCACAGCACAUGCUGGACAAUCGUUCCCGAGCUGUUUCGAUGGAGUCACUGGACAGAGGAUUGAAUUCGAUGCCGCGCUGUGUGAUAUAUGGAUUAACUUAUAUUCGACUUGUGCUUUGAAUCCGAUUGAAGAUGAGGCUGUGGUGGGCAGUGUUGUGGCGGCAUCUGAGGGAGCGUUGGAGUUGGGCGAAUGGAAGGAGGCUCCGAAGGGUCUUAAAUAUGAGAAGGGCGUUUCGUCAUGGAAGGUUAAAAGUGGCGGUCGAUGGUUCUCGAAUUUUGAGGAUGCUGAGAGAGAACUGGGAGAGGGCAAAAACGCCCGUCUGGUGAAGUCGUCGAUGUUCCCACAAGCAUCGGAAGGAGUCGACUUGAGUAAAUGCGUCCGGGUGUAUCCCCAUCUACAGAAUACUGGCGGCUUCUUCAUCGCAGUGAUUCGAAAAAAAGCGAGAGUACCGUGGGAGACUACUGGGGAGGGCGAUAUGCCUGAGGUUGGGGAGGAGAAAGAUACGGAUGAGGUCGACAGGGAGAAAGAUACGGCCAAGGCUAAAGAGGAGGAGGAUACAGUGAGUGAGAGAUCUCAGGAUGCCAGUAGCAGCCAGGCUCCCAUGGAGAUGCAGAGUGACUUUUAUGAAUGCCCUAACGAUUUUACAGAGCUUAUCAAAGAUCAAUUUGGCAUCCCUAGUGGGGAGGUUGAUGGUUUGUUGUGGUCGAAGAGUCCUGAGCCAAAACCGAGGAAGUUAUGGUUGAUGAGUCGAUCGGUUGAUCGAUUAUUACGUAGUUCUUCUCGGCGUGGUUUGAAGGUAGUGUCGGCGGGCACGCCGGCAUUCGAUCGGCCCUCGGGAGCACACAGUGAACCAAGAGUAUUGGUUACUGCGUUGCAGUGGUUGACCAUGACGAAGAGAGUCUAUGAGGUUACCCCUGCCGACUUCGCGAAGUUACUUAUAAUAAAGGUGCCGGCGGAAGCGGUUGGGCUCGGGCAGGUUAAGGAGAGUGCGAUCGUGGUGCGGUGUGCUGUUGGAGAAGUGAGUUUGAGGAUGCCGGUUUAUAGGCGAAGGCAUUUGGCGGAGGGAUUGGUGUCGGAAGAUAUACGUCCGGGCUUGGCGUGGUGUGUUUCUAAAGAGCUCGAUGAAGAUAUUGAAUUUCCUGGUGUGACUCUCUCGGCACAUAGUAAAGUGAAGAAAGCUCAGUUGCCUCCAGCGCAUGAUGAAGGAAAGAAGGACGAGGAUGCUCCUCGCGAGGGCCAGCAGUCUAUACAGGCAGAGGAGAGCAUAUUGAAUGACCCGUUACUUGCUGGCGUACUCACUGCUAGCGCAAUCAAUACGAAAGGAUUGAAGCAAUGUUUCUAUCUCCGACGUCAGGAGCUUGUCAUGAGUUCGUUAGGGAUGGGUGGCGGGUUGUCGAAAGUUCGGGAGACACCGGGUUCGAUCGGUGGGUUCGGUAUCUGUGAAAUAUGGAUCAUCAG